ACUUUAAACAGAAGAAGAAAAAAUGAGUAAAAUUAAAGAAAAACAACAAAGCUGUACGGCGUUAAUAAUUUAAAAACAAAACACAAUUUUACCAACAAAAUAAAACUAAAAUAAACUCUACACAAUGUGUAUUUUAAUAUCUCUCAUUUUAUCACAUGCUCUCUCUCUUUAACAUACGCUCUCUGUAUUACAUUAUUUACGCUCUGUUAUUAUUUUUCUACGCCCGUCCAUUUCCAUUAUAUGUGUAACAUAUAUCCUUUUUGUGUGAUAAUUUCUCUCUCAUUCUUUCUCUUUUUAUUAUUGUUCUUUUCUCUAUUGUACACUUUUUUCUCUCACUCUCUGUGGUCUGUGUGAUUUCACUUUUAAACCAUCACAUCUAUAUAAGGGUUGCUUGUUACCAUACACAAGUCAGUCUUUAGUUAGAACUUGAUUACAAAACACCUCUACUCGUGACUCUAAAGAAAUUUUAUUAAAAAAAUAUAAGCAAAAGCAAGAAAAAAAUUAAUAUAAAAUCUAUACAACUUAAGAAACGGGUGCGUCUUUUCGUAUGAGUGUUUUAAAGUGAAAAACGAAAUAAUAAAAAAAGAAACGAAAUUCAUUUAAACGUGUCGCCUUCCCGCAUACAUUAUAAUUAAAUUUAAUAACGUUUAAUGUUCCUAAUUAGACAAAAAGCCGGAGCAGGCAAGAAAAAUAAUUAAAUAUAAUGAAAAUAAAUAUAUAAAGGAAAAUUCUCAUAUGAGUUCUUCUUAUUAUUAACCAUAACAACCGAAGUGUGAUUAUGUUGAAAAAGUGAAAGAAUCCUACAAAAUAAAACCGAAAAGAAACAAAGAUUUUUUCUUCCUUCCUAAACGAAACAACAUCUGCACAACAUCAAAUACAACAAAAUAUACAAAUAGAAAAAAAUAGAAUUUGCUCCACUUUAUGUAAACGUCAAACGACAAAUCCUUAAACAUCUAGAAAAACAAAAAUAUAAAAAAAUCAAAAAUAAAAUAGAGAAAAAUAAAAGCAAAUCGUUUGCUCGUGACGUGAUGUGAAAAUCGUAAUACGAACUUGAAAACAUACACCAACAAACAAACACAUACAAAUAAAUUUGCAAAAAUUAUUGAAAGAAUCCUGUUUAAGAUAUUAUAACGUGUGCCAUAACAACAAUUAAAAAUACAAACAAAAAUUGAAAAACACUCAAAAUGUUUAAACUGGAUUAAUUGCAAUCAAUUGCAUCUUUUAUAGAAAUUUUUAUUUGGUUUUGUUUGGAAAUUUUUUUAAGUUUCUUUAAUUUCGUAUAAUUUCUUAUUGAAACGACAACAACCAACAUGGCUUCAAAUAACAAAAUCAUCGUCUGUGUGAUGUGUGUUGCAACCAUCUUGAUCGGUAGUGUUAGCAUGCAAAAGCAACAAUUGCAAACAGAACAGCAACAACAACAACCUCCUUUAUCUACACAUGUCACUCAACAACAGCUGCAACAACAUUCGAAUGCCAUAAUGGGCGAAGCCGGUGUUUCGAAUAAUCAAUUGCACACGCCUCCCAAUGGAGCUCAUAAUACACGUUUGGCCAGCCAGGAUAUGCGUUAUGAUGCUCCUGAUGACUGUCACUUCUUACCAGCCCUUGGGCCUGAUCAUCCCGAAAUAAUGUUAACCUGUAAUUUGCGUACGGUGAACAGUGAAUUUGACACCACAAAUUUCAGUGUUAUUCCCUCGGAGCAUACAGUGGGUCUACAUGUUCUUUGCAAUGAUGAAAUUAUGGCAAAAAGUUCCUUGGAACCUCAGUCAUUUGCUCAUCUACACCGCUUGCAAGAGCUAUCGGUGCAGUACUGUAAAUUAUCGAAAUUCAACAAACAUGUACUGGAUGGUCUUUCCCAGUUAAGAAAUCUAACAGUACGCACUCACAACACUUUGUGGCCUUCAUUGAACUUUGACAUUGAGCCAGAGGCUUUUGCUGUAGUAAAUCAAUUGGAACGUUUGGAUCUGUCCUCCAAUAAUAUCUGGUCGUUGCCUGAGAAUAUCUUCUGCACACUGAGUGGCCUUAUUUCGCUAAACAUGAGUGAAAAUCGUUUACAGGAUGUCAACGAGUUGGGAUUCCGUGAUCGCUCGAAAGAUCAUCCAUCAGAUGCCACAUCUUCACCAGAAAGUAAACGCUCUAAUACACCUUGCAAUUUGGACAUAGAAAUUUUGGAUGUUUCAUUUAACCAUUUUGUUCUAUUGCCCGCCAAUGGUUUUGCCACCUUGAGACGUUUGCGUGUAUUGCAAGUGAACAACAAUGAAAUCUCUAUGAUUGGUGACAAAGCUUUAAGUGGUUUGAAGAACUUGCAAAUCCUAAACCUCAGUUCAAACAAAUUGGUAGCUUUGCCUUCUGAAUUAUUUGCAGAACAAUCUUCAUCUAUUCAGGAGGUAUAUUUGCAAAAUAAUUCCAUAUCGGUGUUAUCUCCUAAACUGUUUUCGAACUUGGAACAGUUACAAGCCUUGGAUUUGUCAUACAACCAAAUUACCUCUACUUGGAUUGACCGCAGUACCUUCGUGGGUCUAAUAAGAUUAGUAUUACUUAAUCUAUCUCACAACAAACUCACUCAACUGGAUGCUGAAAUCUUUACCGAUCUCUAUACUCUUCAAAUCCUCAACCUGAGACACAACCAAUUGGAAAAUAUUGCAGCCGAAACCUUUGCUCCCAUGAACAAUUUACACACACUUCUGCUAUCACAUAACAAGCUUAAAUAUUUGGACGCAUAUGCUCUGAAUGGUCUAUAUGUUUUGUCUUUACUCUCCCUGGACAAUAAUCAUCUAAUCGGUGUUCACCCAGAAGCCUUCCGUAAUUGCAGUUCCUUGCAGGAUUUGAACCUCAAUGGUAACCAAUUGAAAACUGUACCUUUAGCCAUACGUAACAUGCGUUUAUUACGCACUGUUGAUUUGGGUGAGAAUAUGAUAACUGUUUUGGAAGACAAUGCCUUUAAAGGUCUUAGUAAUCUGUAUGGUCUACGUUUAAUUGGCAACUACUUGGAAAAUAUUACCAUGCAUUCAUUCAAAGAAUUGCCAAGUUUACAAAUUUUGAAUUUAGCUCGUAAUCGUAUUGCUGUCGUGGAACCUGGUGCAUUCGAAAUGACUUCCAGCAUUCAAGCUGUACGUUUGGAUGGCAAUGAAUUGAGUGAUAUUAAUGGUUUAUUCAGCAACAUGCCUUCUUUAUUGUGGCUUAAUAUUUCCGAUAAUCGUUUGGAACAUUUUGAUUAUGCGCAUGUACCCAGCACUUUGCAAUGGUUGGAUUUGCAUAAAAAUCGUUUGGUUGAGCUAUCAAAUCGUUUUGGGUUGGAUUCACAAAUUCGCUUACAAACUCUAGAUGCCAGUUUUAAUCAAAUCCAACGUAUAUCACCUUCUGCCAUACCAAAUUCCAUCGAGCUAUUAUUCAUCAAUGACAACCUCUUAACUACUGUAGAUCCCGAUACUUUCAUGCAUAAGACGAAUUUAACUCGUGUAGAUCUUUAUGCUAACCAAAUCAGCACUUUAGACAUCAAGAGUUUACGGAUUUUACCAGUACAUGAACAUCGUGCCUUGCCUGAAUUCUAUAUUGGAGGCAACCCCUUUACUUGUGAUUGCAACAUUGAUUGGUUGCAGAAAAUCAAUCACAUCAAAUCCCGCCAGUAUCCUCGCAUUAUGGAUUUAGAGACCAUUUACUGUAAGUUGCUUAAUAAUCGCGAAAGAGCCUAUAUUCCAUUGAUUGAAGCCGAGCCCAAACACUUUUUGUGUUCGUAUAAAACUCAUUGCUUUGCUGUCUGCCACUGUUGUGAAUUUGAUGCCUGUGAUUGUGAAAUGACUUGUCCCACCAAUUGCACGUGUUUCCAUGAUCAAACCUGGUCUACAAACAUUGUAGAAUGUUCAGGAGCUGGUUACUCCGAAAUGCCUCGCAAGGUUCCCAUGGACACCACUGAAUUGUACAUUGAUGGUAACAACUUUGUAGAACUUGCAAGUCAUUCGUUUUUGGGUCGCAAAAACUUGGCUGUAUUAUUUGUCAACAACUCCAAUGUGCAAAUCAUAUACAACACCACUUUCAGUGGCUUGAAACGUUUGUUGGUGCUUCAUUUGGAAGACAAUCAUAUCACCAGUUUGGAAGGCAAUGAGUUUAGUAAUUUGGAGAAUUUACGCGAACUGUAUUUGCAAAACAAUCGCAUUGCAACCAUAGGCAACGGCAGUUUCCAGGCUUUAAGGAAAUUGGAAAUUUUGCGUUUGGAUGGCAACCGUUUGCUGCAUUUCGAGGUAUGGCAAUUAGCUCUCAAUCCUUAUUUAGUGGAAAUCGGUUUAGCUGACAAUCAAUGGUCUUGUGAGUGCAGUUACUUGAUGCGUUUCCGUAGCUAUUUGGCUCAGAGUUCUGGAAAGAUUAUUGAUGCUGCCCGAGUUUCCUGUGUAUAUAACAAUGCCACUAGUGUAUUGCGCGAGAAGAAUGGCACAAAAUGCACUUUACGUGAAGAUGUAGCAACUUAUGUACAAGCCAGCGAAAUUGAAAGUCUUUUGCCUUUCUUACUAAUGGCAACAUGUGCAUUUAUUGGUUUCUUUGGUCUAAUUGCUGGCCUCUUCUGUUAUCGUCGUGAAUUAAAGAUGUGGGCCCAUUCCAACUGUCUACUCAACAUGUGCUACAAGUCGCCUGGUUUUGUAGAAGAUUUGGACAAAGAACGACUAAAUGAUGCCUACUUCGCUUACAGUCUUCAAGAUGAACAUUUUGUCAAUCAAAUACUAGCACAUACCCUGGAAAACGAUAUGGGCUACAGAGCUUGUUUGCAUUAUCGUGAUAUUAAUGUUAAUGCAUAUGUUACAGAUGCCAUCAUUGAAGCCGCCGAAAGCGCUAAACAAUUUGUGUUGGUUUUGUCAAAGAACUUCUUAUAUAAUGAAUGGUCUCGUUUCGAAUACAAAAGUGCCCUGCAUGAAAUCGUUAAACGCAGAAAGCGCAUUGUGUUUAUAUUAUACGGCGAUUUGCCCCAACGCGAUAUAGACAUUGAUAUGCGUCACUACCUACGCACCAGUACCUGCAUUGAAUGGGAUGACAAGAAAUUCUGGCAAAAGUUACGUAUGGCUUUACCACACAUACGUACUAAACGUACAACCAACUGCCUUAGUAAUCGUUCUUCGGUAAAUAUUUAUGCACCAGCUCAUGAAUAUCAAGCAGCACCCAAUGGUCGUUUGGUGGGUCAAGGUGCUGGUGCCGGUGUAGUUAACGACAAACACUAUGCAGACUGUGGAAACUAUGCCACCAUAAAUGAUUGUGUUCGAGGCUAUGCCCCCAUACCAACAGCAGCAGCGAACUGUAAAUUCAAUACACUUAAUGAAUUGGGCUACAAAGCAACUAAAGACAGCAAAGAAAUCCAACAUGCCAAAACACUGGAAUUCCAAAGGCACCAUCAUUUGCGCCAACAACCACUAACCUCAGCCGCACACUUGCACCACCAACAGCAUGAGUAUGCAGUGCCCUCUUACUAUGCCAUAAGUAAUGGCCAGGUUUCAAGGGGAGCCGCUGGCGAAAUUGUGGCUCCAACAUAUGACAGUGUAGACUACUCCAAACAGCCCACUUUGCAAAAGACAAACAACUGCGAAUGCAGCCAUGAACAGGGCACUGGGACACAAACUAGCAACAAACGCAAAGCAGGCCUACAAUCUAGUUUCUCUUCCAACUUUACACCACCUCCACCGCCAGCCAACCCACAGGUGACUACAUUCAACUGCAAAAAACCACCCUGUACAUGUCGCAAAUCGACGGCAACAGCAACAGAUGACAACAUUAGUUGUGGAUGUGCUGCCAAAAGUAGCAGUAGUAAUAGUACAAGCAGUCACAGUUCCAACGACAGCUGUCGUCCUGAUGAACUAAAUCAGUAUGAAUCAAAUUUAUCAUUAAACGAAAUCAAUACCACUACAGCAUCAGUUGGCGAUGAAAGCAACAGCUUGUGGGCGUAACAUCCAAAUUACCAACAACAGCAACAGGCGUUGCAGCAUCAGCAGCAGCUCCACCAUCAACAUCAUCUUGUCCAGGCCCAGCAACAAACAGCCGUUUGUUGACUUCCCCCGAAUGGAAGAGCCGGUUUUCGAGAUGAUGAUGUUUUAGUUUUUAAGUUUUCCAAGGAGACAGACUACGUAACCAGUGAAUUUAUGAAGUGCACCUCUCUAUAUUUCAAGAAUAAAGGGAUUUCCCAGCACUUUUUGUAAAAAGACAAACAACUCUAAUCUUAACUACUAGAAAAAAACUAUACUAAAUUUUAAAUAUUUAUUAUUAAUUGUUUUUUGCUAUUUGUUUUUCCUUUUUCUACUUUUUAUUGAUUA